AUGGCUAGCGCACUUACAUUCAACGAAAAUGAUGGGUUCAUUGAUGGCAUCUUGAGAGGUUACUACUCUAGUAUUCUGAACUCGACCCAAUACCUUAAUUUCAGUCAGUGUGAAACACUUGAAGAUCUUCGCCUUCAGUUGGGCGCCACUGACUAUGGAUCUCUUUUGCAGAACGAGCCAUCCCCUAUUGCCACUUCAACAAUCGCAGAAAAGUUGACUCAAAGCCUUGUUGAAGAGUUUGAUUACAUUCGUAGCAAUGCAGUCCAACCUUUGUCCAAGUUUUUGGAGUAUAUCACUUAUCAAUACAUGAUUGAUAACGUCAUUCUAAUCAUCACUGGUACCCUUCAUGAGCGUGAUACUCAUGAGCUCCUUGAGCGUUGCCAUCCUUUGGGUGUGUUUGAUACUAUGCCUGCUCUUUGCGUAGCUACCACUGUUGCUGAAUUAUACAAUACUGUCUUGGUAGAAACACCUUUAGCUCCUUACUUUGCAAACUGCCUCAGCGCUCAUGAUUUGGAUGAAUUGAACAUUGAAAUCAUCCGUAAUACACUCUACAAAGCCUACCUUGAAGAUUUCUACCAAUUCUGUGAGUCUAUUGGCGGCCCUACUGCUGAAGUUAUGGGUGAUAUUCUCCGUUUCGAGGCAGACCGUCGUACUAUCAACAUUACCAUCAACUCCUUUGGCACUGAAUUACCCAAGGAAGACCGCAAGAAGCUGUUUCCUACCAUUGGUCGCUUAUAUCCUGAAGGAAAUGCACGUUUAGCCAUUGCCGAUGAGAUGGAUCAAGUCAAGGCUACUUGCGAGGUUUUCCAUGAAUACAGAUCUUUCUUUGAUACCGCCACCAGCAACAAAACAUUGGAGGAUAAGUUUUUCGAAACUGAAGUCUUUUUGAACAGGCAAGCUUUCCAACAGCAAUUCAACUAUGGUGUUUUUUACGCCUACAUCAAGUUGAAGGAACAGGAGAUCAGAAACAUCGUAUGGAUUGCCGAGUGUAUUUCCCAAAACCAAAAGGACAGAAUCAACAGUUAUAUCCCCAUUUUGUAA